CGCGUGCGCUAAUCCGAGCCAUGCCCGACGCAGAUCGCGGCGAUAAGACGCGAAGCGACCCACCAAAAAAAGUUCCCGGUCUACGGUAGGUUGGAGCUUCGAGCGCCAGUGUCUGCUCUGGCGAAGUCGCCAGCAUCACCAGUUUCUUCUGCGGCCCCCAUAGGUGCAAUUUGUCCCCAGCAAGUCGCACAAAUGCUUCGGUUGAGAAGUCAGGCCCUCCGUCACCUCGGGACGAUCUGUACCUGCUCGCCAUGUCUCGCGACGGCAACCCGCACCCCUGCCCCGUCCGGGCUGCAAUCCAGCAUCGCAGCAAGACGGCGCAUAGAUGACGACAGGAGCAGAGCAUUUCACACUGUAUCCUCGAGGAGAUCCGAGCGCACCACCGAGCCGGCUGCGCCCACCGAGUCGCUACAGGAUGCGGGAAAUCCCCAGACCGAGACACAGCUGAGCGAGAAGCAAAAGCGCAGGUUAAAACACAAGGCUGCGCUGACAGAGAAGCGUGUUGCUGCUGCUCGCUCGAGGGCAGAGAACCGUGCUCCUGGCUCUGGCCCACCCGAAAAUGCUGCGCAGCAGUUGGUCGUACUUCAAGGCGCACUGGCCGCUCUCAAGAAUGUCCUCGGCCAGCAGAACAUCAACAUCGAUAACAUCAAAAAGCCAAAGAACAAGAAAAAGAAGAAGGCUGGCAAGUCACAAAUCGAACAGUCACAGCCUUCGACCGCUGAAGACAAGCCCGCGUCGUCGACUGCCGAACAGAAGACAGAGUCGGCAUCCCCAGAGAAGGAGUCCACAAAAUCAACCGUCCAGAAAGCGCAGCCAGAUGACAUAAAGGCAAGCAAGUCCAAGGGAGACCCGGAACCCGAGCCUGCACCGCCCAUUAGCGAAGCCGACAGAGAGGAACUGGAAUUAAGAAAGCGACAGCUUGCGGACAUGAAAGAGAAGUUGGACCGAUACAAGAAAUCCUCCUCUAGAAUUAAACACCCAUUGCAGAGGGGCGACACGGGUUCAAAAAAGCAGUCCGAGACCAAGUCGGGAAAUUUCGUCAAGAAUACCAUCACCGGAGCUGCCUCGAGUCCUGCCAACAAGGCACCGUUGGCGGAGCGUCUCAAUGCCCUCAAACCCAAGCGGGAGGGGCAUCCAAAAGCGCAGAAAAGCAAAGUAAAAACGCAAAAGCAGAAGCCUGCACAGGCUAAGCCAAAGAAGUCCAAGCCUGUCGAGGAGCCUGACGUUCACAAGAAAUCCCCGCUGCAUAUAUCAAAGCUCAGCCCCGAAGAGCUUGAACUCGUUCCGAUCGAGAAAUCACAGCCGCCUGUAGCAGUCCUUGCCCACGGGCUGGAGCGGGCUCUCUUCAACCCAGGCGUCUACCACCUUCAAGAUCCUCGUUCCAAAGUUUACAACUUCGACCCCUAUCUGGCGAACAUCAUGCCCAUCCAAGAAUUCGACUUUGAUGCCUUACAGCAGUAUGUGACAUCAUCUAAAGACACGGCUCUUAUCGAUGUCGCCCGCGAGAACGGGAAGAAGUACACUGGGUCAACAUCAAGCAUGACGAGCAUGCUUUCCCAUUUUCACUAUCUCCUGUCGGCUUGGCGAGAGAUCAACUCAUCGAUGAUGUCGAGAGAUUUCGAGGUGCCUUCUCAGCAGUUUACCCGUCUUCUGAGGGCACCUGCUGCCGUCUUCCUGCACUGGAAGGAUGGUGUUUAUGCCAUCGAUGCGGACAAGGAGUUCGACUCGGCCAGCAUUCUCAGCAUGCUGGGCAAAUCCAUGGAAAAGCUUUUGACGCUACCGGUUGACGGAUUUGAGAAAUAUCGCCGAGGGAAAUCUCAUCAAAUCUCUGAACAAGAACGUAACGCACCCGAGGCCUACCACUAUACGGGACUCCGCGACUUCAUGAUGAGGUCACAACUAGAUGCUUAUGAUCCCAGGGUACCCGGUUCUGGUAUGUUUGAUAUCAAGACCCGGGCGGUUGUCUCCAUUCGCAUGGACUCGCAGGGCUUCACCAAGGGUCUUGGGUACGAGCUUCGCCAUCGCCACGGCAACUGGGAGUCCUUUGAGCGCGAAUAUCAUGACAUGAUCCGAGCCGCGUUCCUGAAGUAUUCCCUUCAGGUCCGCAUGGGCAGAAUGGAUGGUAUCUUCGUUGCUUUUCACAACACUGAACGCAUCUUCGGUUUCCAAUACAUUCCUCUCGAAGAAAUGGACCUGUCGUUGCACGGCACAAGCGACCUGACGACCGGCGACAAAGAGUUCAAGCUUAGUCUCGCUCUCCUAAACGAGCUGCUCGACCGCGCAUCGAAGAAAUUCCCCGAAAAGUCGCUGCGCCUGUUUGUCGAGACGCGAACCUCCGUCAACACUCCUUUCAUGUAUGCCUUCGUGAAGCCGGUUGAGCGUGGUGAGAUAGAAGCAGUUCAAGAUGCUGGCAAGGAAUCGGUGGCAGAGUUUGAGAGAGAAAUUCUCGGCCUCAAACGUGCUAUCGAGUCCGAGUCCGAGACAUCACCAGACGCCGAGAACGAGGCAGAGGAGACUGCUGUAGCGGACGGCGAAGAGAACAAUAUCUCCGAGACUCCAGAAGAGCUUGAGGUCGAGGAGGAAGAAGAUACCACUGCGUCUUGGGACGAAAUCCAGGCGAUGGUUGAAGAUGCCAUGGAAGACGAGGAGCUUGGCGUCGACGCUGUUCGACAGGCCAUCGAGGACGCUCUCGAAGAGAGCGGUCUGCUAGAGGAACAAACCCCCGAGGAGGUUCGGGGUUACGUCGAUGCUCUCCUCAGCGCAUUGACCGACGGAUCUGGCGAUCCUGCGACCGCGUCUGUCGAGGAGAGCGAAGGCAGUCAGCUGGUUGACUCGGAGACCAGGGACGUAUCAGUAUCAGCCCAAAACGAAAACCAAGACCUGGAUGAUUUAUCAGAGCCCGCUCAGAUGGACGGAUCUGAUGAGGCACGCGUGCAGACUGAAGAGCAGACUGACGAGGAGUCCGAGCUUGAAAAGGACGACUCUCAAGACGAUUCUUCAAGUCCGAAUAUGACGACACUCAGUAACCUCAUCCUGCGCAUGACUCGCAGGCUAGACGAGAGCGGCGUUGCGGAAAAGCAAGCGGAGGACGCCGUCUCUUCGAAGCUGCAGGUGUUUGAACGAAUUCUAGGCAAGAUCAUCUCUGAAUCUCGGGAGGACGAGCAGGAUUCUGGCGAUUCUGGCGCUGUCAACAGGGCUUCUGAACCAAAGAACGUCACGGAACGGACUGGAUCAUCCUCUGCAGACAUCGAGGACACCACCACGCCCGCAUCAAACGACGCUCCAGAAGCAGCCGCAGGGGCCGGCGCCGAACCGGAGGACCGUGGCCCCAUACUAGGAAUGGUUUUGACAGUCAGAAACAAGGUCAACGACCAAUUCGUGCCAAGACCAGAGAAUCUCACCAAGGAAGAUACCUGGGAAGUGGAGUACAACAUUGAAGAGUUACCCGAGGAGAGAGCCCACAGACUGUUUGACAUGUGCAAGAAACGACGAGAAACGGCCUACUCAAAAGGCGGCCAAAGAAGCCACGGGUGGAACGAAAUGUUUGACGGGGCACUUCCCCGAUACACCCGUCAAGGCCGCAAAUUCCGCAGCGAGGAGAAUGCGGAAGCCAAGCAACGGCCGGUUUACGUUCUUGGCGAGAGCCAGCCCAAGUCCUACCAGGAGGUUUUCGGCGAGCAGAACGAGGAUUAAUAUGGUUUAUGGAUGUGUGAGAUUAGAGCCUCGUACGGCCACAUCUCCCUUGUCUAUGUGUUUUAUAUCUGUACAUUAUGUAUCAAAUCUCGGAGACCAAUAGAAGCAUGAUGGCUGGCAUAUGGACGAGAAAAAUUUAGCGAUCUGAAAAGCCAUGGGUCUAUUCUGUAAUGUUUAUAGCGUCAUCGUGUAACUUCAUAGUACACAGCGGGAAGAGUCAAAAAGGGGGCCAAUAGAGCACCACAUUAUGGACAUGAAAUUGUCGUUCGAUGGCACUUCACUCAAAAACAGGUCAC